CCAUUGGUUCGAGUAUUUACACAUUGGGCAACUUCCACCACAUUCCUUACUAUAUCUCUAUCAGUCAUGCUCGGGCAACUUGACUUUUCGAGAUUUCACCGUGGAAGCAUCGAGGAGCGAGAUCAAUUCUGUCGUGAGUUGAUCUCCCAGUUGAGCAAGUCGGGCUGGGUACGGCUAGUCAAUCAUGGUGUCCCUUCAGAUAGCAUUGACCGGGCAUUUGAAAUGAGUCACAAAUUCUUCGAUCUCCCAAUGGAGCAGAAGCUGAAGUCGCCUCACCCGCCCACGGCUCAUCCCCAUCGAGGCUUCAGUCCUGUUGGUCUGGAGAACAUAUCAACUGUGUCUAAUUAUCGCUCCUCAGCUACGCAGCCCCUACUCAGAGAUAUGAAGGAGUCUUAUGACAUUGGAUCGGAACAAGAUCCACUAUACUCCAAUAUUUGGCCCCCGGCAGGCGUCCACGAUAACUUUCAAACGACAAUGAGCUCAUUUUUUACUGUCUGUUACGACGCCCAAUUGGUCAUUCUGGACGCUAUUUCGAUUGGCUUGGGGUUGCCCGUGCACUCUCUACGUGAAUUACAUACAGCACAGACUAACGAGCUGCGGCUCACUCACUACCCAGAAGUGGAUCGUGCUGAUUUUGCUAAUGCCACCCGCAUUGCGGCGCACACGGAUUUUGGCACUAUUACUCUAUUGUUUCAAGACAAUGUUGGAGGCCUGGGUAAGCAAUACCACUUUCCAAGUUCGGAAGGUAGAUGGAACAGCCCCCCUGGGAGCGGAGUAUUUGUUCCGGCUGACAGUGCUGGCCCCUAUGAGUGUAUUGUCAAUGUAGGUGAUUGUCUCCAAAUGUGGACAGGGUUGCAUAGUGCCCGACACCGGGUGCAUCUGGCAAAAAGUGAAAACGAGUGUAAUAUGGUCCCAGAACGCUUUUCGAUUGCGUAUUUCGCGAAGCCCGAUCGUGCAGCGCUUCUCCAUCCACUGCUGGAUUCGUUAGUUGACGAAACCAAGCCAGUGCAAAAGUUCUUGACAGCCAAUGAGUUCCAGCACAUGCGAAUUGAGAGCACGUACAACAGCACCUGA